AAUGGAGCCACCUUCAAGAAAUAGGAGGAGAGGUAGAACCGUAUUUAAAAGUUGAGAGAAGGUCAAAGAACAUCGUGAGAAUGAGAAAUCUCCCAUGAUAGACCCAGAAAACGAAUCCUCCUCAGAAAGUGAGGGAUACUUUGAAGAGGAAAAAUACAAUUACGACCAAACGGUUGAGUUAUAUGAAGAUAACGAAUCAUCUGAUGAGCAGCUGCUAUCAGAACCUGAUUCACCAUCGAAUUAUAUCUCAUUUAAUCAAAAUAUAACUCCUCGAGAACAGCCUUAUAUAAACCGUAGUUCAAACCUGCUUUCGUCAAAGCUCAAUAAAAGUGUGGCUAAGCCUGGCAAGAACUGAUUGCUAAGCGAAGGCAAGACUGUGUCCAAACAAACCACAGGAGCAACUUCAAAUAUUUCAGUUGUCAACAAAAAGAGGAAGAAGAAAAGAAAGGUUCAGCCUCUUAUUCCUUUGCCUCCCAUUAACGAAAAAUAAACUCAAAGAAUACAAAUUUAUUCAAUGAAUAGGCAAAGGACGGUUUGGAAAAGUGUACAAAUGUCGUGAACUUGUAAAUCACUGCAAGAAUAAGAUAGUAAUCACAAGUAAAUCCUCCUUUUCCUGUGCUAGGAAGAAAACCCGGUCACAAAUCAGGAGAACAAGGAAUAAGUCUCGUGUACAAAGAUUAGUAGCUAUUAAAUAAAAUAAAACUCCGCCGUAACAGAAAUAAAACAUAUGUUAAGAAUUACAUGAAGGAAGUGGAGAUGAUGAAAAGAAUUAACCACCGAAAUGUUGUCAGAUACUAUACCUGCUUCAGAACCAAAAAAUAUCUCUAUAUUGUUAUGGAGUACUGUGACAGAGGAGAUCUCACAAAGUUGCUUUGUAUCAAGAAUCAUAAGGAAUAUCUAACGAAUAAUGAAAUAAUGGAAUUUGCUAAGCAAACCUUACUCGGUCUGCUGGCGUUGCAUUCUCAUGGAAUCAUACACAGAGAUAUCAAGAAUAAAAAUAUCUUUAUGACUUCUAAAGGAGAGUACAAGAUUGGAGACUUUAGCGAGUGUAGACAUCUAGGGAUUAAUAAAUCUACGAAGGCUACCUUCUGAUUUGGUACACCUCAGACCACUCCUCCUGAGAUUAUCAAAUAAAACAAAAUACGAUCAAAGAGCUGAUCUAUGGUCAUUUGGAGUAGUCUUGUAUCAGCUUGCCAAUCUAGAAUUACCUUUCAAAGAAGAAAGUAUCCCAAAACUGUAUAAAGCAAUCCUUAGCAAGGAAACAAGGAAAAUGAGAAAUGAGUUUUUAACAGGGUCAAUUAAAAGCUUGAUUCAUAAAUUACUCACAAAGGAAAGAACCAAAAGAAUUCACCUUCAUGAACUUUUGAGGAGAUACUUUCAGGCUGUCUCUUUCAACUUGGAUGACAAAGAAAAUUUAUCUCUGCUGUUAGAAAAAUGAGUACCCCUAGAGGAAAGAAUCAACCAGAGAAGCUCCAUAAAUCUCUAUGAAAUCACCAACGCUCAGCACCUUCCCCAGAUAGGGCAGAUUAGCGGAUAUGUAAAGAAAAGUAUCAAGAUGAAUCCAGCCCAAAUCAAAAUCUCCAAGAUUGCAAUCUUAAAGCAGUAAUCUGAUUUAUUUUUUUAAUUGGUGCAUCAAUCUC